AUGACCCUGGAAGGAGAGCUCGAGCUCAUGGAGAGGGCAGAUAUCGAUGUGGAGGGACAAGGGAACAAAGCUACACGGAACCAGGGGUAUGUAUCUUUGACCAAAGAAGACCGGGCCGAUUUGGAGCAGCAACGCGCUGCGUCCCUGUCUCCAAAACAGCCAGCGAAGGAUACGGAGGAGGAGGGUGACUUUACGCCAAAGUGCACAGAGAGAAUCGCUGCCUCGGUGAAACCUCCGUACUCCUACAUCGCUCUUAUCACCAUGGCAAUCCUCCAGAGCCCGAAGAAAAGACUGACUCUCUCGGAGAUAUGUGACUUCAUCAGCCAGCGCUUCACGUAUUACCGGGAGAAGUUCCCCGCGUGGCAGAACUCCAUCCGUCACAACUUGUCCCUCAACGACUGCUUCGUCAAAAUGCCCCGGGAGCCCGGUAACCCCGGGAAGGGGAACUACUGGACGUUAGACCCUAUGUCGUCUCAUAUGUUCGAGAACGGGAGCUUCCUACGGCGGAGGAAACGUUUCAAACGGCAGAAUUACCGAUUUGGGAUGAUGGACACCUGGUGCCCGCUCGAGCGCAGCAGCGUGCUCCCUGGAUUUUCCUUCUACGGGGCGAACGGAAUAGGGCCGUGUCAUUUUCAGGUACCCGGUUUGGAAUUGUACCAUCACUUGGGCAUCGAACAUCAUUCUGUUUCUAACCAAAGCAUCCCACCAGUGAGCAGCAUCUUGCCCGCGCUCUCCUCACUUUUAUCAAGGAAUUCGAACAUUGUCCAAAAGACGUUUCUUACACCUCCGUCUCUUAGCUUUGAGAAUUUCGAAACGACGCACCGCUCAGCCUCCACAGUGGCCCAAGCUUUGGUCCCCGGAUCUUCAUUUCUGUCCCCGGCCUCGCUCCAUUCGAUGGGCGCUCCGCAUCUCUGGAGCUUUCAUCCCGAGUACCACAAACUGCGCUCUCUCCCCAACUCCAGCCGUAUAGCAAAUGAACUCUUGCAGCAACUUGGUGACAAAUAG